AUGCAACACAAUUCUACUCGUUACCACCCCUAUAUACCGACGAUUCCUUCAGCAUAUCCAAGAGAGUAUGCACAGACUAGCAACGAGCACUUAUACUUCGAGGCAGCAGAGUUUAUGAAUACGGGCUUGGGGUCUCGUCCUGAACUCCACUCGUCGAUGGAGAUUGCCUCAUCGCUUUGCAAAGUGUGUUCAAAAACCAUAGCGUGUGCCGUACGUUGUGGUUUGUGCCAUGCAAACGUUCACACGACAUGCAGUGAAGUCAGUCGAUUCUCCGAAGUCCGUUGCUGCUAUACCUGCACACGGUGUGUAUCGUGUCUGCAAGGUAAGAACAUUGGUUUCGUGUGUGACACGUGCCAACUACGCGUGCAUCCCUUAGAGCCGUGCUCAGUCAAAUAUGACGACACGGAGGGGUACGGAGCGAGUGCUACUUGUUCUACCUGUGCUGCUAGUAAGGCAGCAAGUACAUUGAUUAGCAACGAUGCGACAGUAAGAGAAAGUGGGGCUGUACGAACUAGCCUAGUAUAUGGGCAGACAUCAAGCGAUGUAGCAUGUGUAGACAGUACCAACGAGACACCUAAAGCUUCUUCUAAGUCGACGGCUAGUAAGAAGGCGACUAAGACUAUGACUAAGGCUUCGACUAAGGCGACGACUACAACCAGUAAAAAGAAGAAGGAAAAGUUGGGUGCAGAGAAGGAGAGGAGGAAGGGAUUAGACAUGCCGGACCCCAAGAUUCGUCCUGGAACGCAACAGACGCGCAUAGAGAAGGAAGCCAAUUGUUAUGAAGAGGAGCUCAAGGAAUAG